AGUCUCUAAAUUCUUCACUAUCUCGGAAUUUUUUCUCUCCUCUUUCAGCCAGACCUCUUCAUCCCUGUCUCGAUUGGUGGUGCGGCUCAGAUUUCACCCCCCCCCCAGAAUUCAGAAAAAAAAACAAUCGAAGGAAAUAUGGACUGUGAUGUUGGAAAGGAAGUUGGGGUCUGUGAAAAGAGAAGUGGAUCCCCUAUUAUUGCUGACCCUGCAUCCAAAAAGCCCAGGAGUGAGCUUGUUGAAGAGUCCAUUGUAGAGACUGGAUACCUAAUUGCUGAGAUUGAUAAAGAGUCCAUUGUAAAGGAUGAUGAUGAGUUGGUGGAGAUUGAUGAGUUCCAUUGCCCAAUGCCUAAUGAAGAGGAGGAGAAGCAUCUUCUUCGAAGAAUAGAUGAGAGGCUACUCUUCGAGCUAGGUCUGAAGUGGAUUGUUUAUAGAUUGAUGGUAGGCAAAGAUGAAAUGGAGAAGUUCAUACCAUCAGUGGAAUCCUUAAAGAAUGAUUAUAAUGAGGGUCAGAACUCACUGAUAGAUUUGUUUGAGGGUCCCCCAAAAUUUGUUAUGGUGGCUGUGGAGGCCAACACUCUGGAGGCUAAGGCUAAGUCUGGUUUUGGUAUAAGUGAAAUUGUUGACCGGUUUUAUGGCAUUUCGGACAUUUCUCAAACUUCAUAUCAAGCCAAUGUCACAGCGCGACUCCUUUUUUUCGAAGAAGAAGUAUUAUAUCUUCUAAAUCGCAAAAAGAUCCAAAGGCUUGCUGUUGCCCAAAAUUGUACUAUCAAUAUUUAUACUUCAGGUUAUCCAUCAUGUGAUCGGUAUCGGGAAGAUUUGAUUGUUGAUGUAGUGGGAGAGCGUCAUGAUGUAUGCAGCACACUAGUGGGGAUGUUUUUGUGUGUUAAAGAACAGUUCCGAUAUGACAAGAGGGGAGUACAUUCCAUGGAAAUGAGGAUGCGCAAUCUCCCAGUUAGUGGAUUACUUCAUGAAGUGUAUGUCUAUGGAAGAAACACGCCAAAGAUGGUGGCUUCAUAUGAAGGAGGAAAGGAGAUGUUGUGUCGAGAAUAUCUUUACUAUAGCAUGCCAUUCGUCAGUGUGUGUUUUCCAAUGGACUAUGCUGAUGUCUUGACUCGUGAAGAAGGUAAAUUUAUAAAUAGUAUUCGUGGCCCACCGGAUGCUAGAUUAGAAGUUAGACUAGCAGAAUGUGUAAGUGGAACCAUGAAGCUAAUCAUUUCUGGGAAGUCCUUGAGUGCUGCUAAAGAUGCUAUGGAGACAUUUGUGAAGAAGGUAAGAGAACUGGGAGAUCCUCGAGCCUUGGAAUUGGCUGAUGUUUUGGGAGGCUGGUGGUUUGAGGGACAUGGUUCUGCGUAUUUCUCUGGCAUGUGUCUCACGGACGACGAGAGAGAUGAAGACGAUUACUGUAUGUGGUAGUUUUCGCUAACUUGAAGUUGCUUGCUUUUUUGAUGAGAUAUAUGAUUUGUGCGAUCAAUGAUAAGCAAGCAGAGCUGAUUGACCGAGCAAUAUAUCGCCUAGCUGGCUAGCUAUCAUUAUCAUAUAUUAUAGGGUUUGCCGGCCAGUUGCUUCUCGCUAGAAAGAGGAGUGCUGUGUGGCCGCCAUCCCUUAUGGCCGGAGGGAGAAGUCAUAAUAGAGCUGAGCUGACUGCGGAGUGCUUCAUCCCUUAGAUUUUAGAUAAGCUUUAUUUAUAUUUAGACCAUGUGUUAUCAUGGCGUGAGGAGGGCAUCAUUACCUCCAUCAUGCCGAAUUCCUUGUUUGGGCUGUGGCCCCUUCCUGCUUGAGGGCCAAUUUAUUUUUUAACUUUAACCAAUCAAAAUGUUCAUUAUCU